UGAAAAAAGUGAGAAAUGGAUAACAAAUUGAACGGAAAAUUUAACAAAAGUUCCAGAUAAUUUUUAAGAAAUAAUCUACUCUUAAGAAAAGCAUGAAAUUUUGGAUUACAUUUCUGUGAAAACAUUUUCAUCUUCCUCAACAUUUUGGAAUUACAAAUUUUUUGGAUUAAAACUUAUCAUGGAAACACACAUCAUUUAACCCCAGAAGAAAACGAAAAACAAAUCCCCAAAUAAAAAUGGAUUUCAGUUAAACAACCAACAAUCAUCAUAAACUGCAAAUCCUUAUAAAUUGCUGAAAGGUGGUGCUAUUUAAGAGCAUUUAAUCGGUAAAAAGGUGUUUAUAUCAACCCGACAACGGCGAAUACGAGAAGAGUAUUAAAGCCUGGGCAAAGCUGUCAUAUUUACAAAAACGAGAUUGCAAAAAGGACCCCAUGCCGCCAAAAGCCUGUGCAUUAUCCCCUCUUAAAACGUUAUCAUCGAAAAGCACUGCAAACAAAAUUGUACACCAUCAGUAAUCAGUGGAAAAAAACCAACCCCCCUUAGAAAUAGCAACAUCUCAGAAUUUCGGUGAGGAGGAAAACACCGACAUCAUCGUCAUCCUCCAAGUCCAGUAUCACUUUCAUCGUAAUUUGUAACUUCCAUAGAUAGACACGCCAGCUUAUCGGCAACAAAAUGAAGGGAUUACAAACAUUCAAAGAGAAGGCAUCCGGAGUUUUCGGAGGGAUGAAGCCUCAGUUUGAAAACUUCGAAAUCUCAAAACAUGGCUAUGAACAAAUGGAUGGCGGCGAAGGCGGCGGGGGUGGACCAGAUGGUCUACCAGGAAAAUCCUUUGACGGUGGUGAUUAUCCCGAAUCACCGGCUUCCUUUGAAGAAAUCGAACGACCGCCAUUGCGAAAAAUUGACAAAUAUUGCAAAGCAGAAUGUCCAUGUCUACCAGCUCGAUUUACCAUAGCAAUGAUGGCAUGCUUUGGAUUUAUGAUAUCCUUUGGCAUGCGUUGUAAUAUGUCAGCGGCGAAAUUGAAACUAGAACACAACGGGACUGCCUUUCUUAACUGGACAGUGGCUAUUGAAAGUCAUGUCGAUUCAUCAUUUUUCUGGGGUUAUUUGGUGACACAGAUUCCUGGUGGCUUCAUUGCGUCUAAAUUUCCGGCAAAUAAAAUAUUUGGACUGGCUAUCGCCAGUUCGGCAACAUUACAUCUGUUUGUACCGUUUGCGAUGACAUUGAUGCGUGGCAAAGUUGUGAUAUGUGUGCGUGUAUUACAAGGACUCUUUGAGGGUGUAACAUAUCCUGCCUGUCAUGGAAUCUGGAGAUUCUGGGCUCCGCCAAUGGAGCGUUCACGUUUGGCAACUUUAGCGUUCAGUGGCUCUUAUGCGGGAGUCGUAUUUGGUCUGCCACUGUCUGGUAUCCUGGCGGAUGUUGUGGGCUAUCAGGCGCCGUUUUAUGCAUAUGGAAUGUUUGGAAUAACAUGGUACAUAUUCUGGUUAUGGUUGUGUUUUGAGAAUCCUCGAAAACAUCCUGCGAUAAGUAUACCCGAAUUGAAAUACAUUGAAAAGUCACUCGGCGAGAGUUCUGUCCAGCCUUCGAUGCCUUCCCUGAAAACAACUCCUUGGCAUGAUAUUAUGCGAUCGAUGCCAGUUUAUGCAAUCAUUGUUGCCAACUUUUGUCGAUCGUGGAACUUUUAUCUGCUCGUGUUGUAUCAGAGUUCAUUUUUGAAACAUAAAUUCGACUUUAAAAUUGAAGAAGCUGGAUUGGUGGGCUCUUUGCCACAUUUGAUUAUGACAACUAUUGUACCUUUUGGUGGAAUGCUUGCGGAUUAUUUGAGGAAAAAUGGAAUUAUGUCAACGACAAAUGUGAGAAAAUUGUUCAACUGUGGUGGAUUCGGAAUGGAGGGACUGUUCUUUUUGUUUGUGGCACAUUCAGAUAGUUCGACGGGUGCAAUGUUUGCGUUAACAUGUGGUGUUGCGUUUAGUGGAUUUGCUAUUUCAGGAUACAACGUUAAUCAUUUGGAUAUUGCUCCACGAUAUGCCAGUAUUCUGAUGGGUCUUUCCAAUGGUAUUGGAACACUAGCUGGAGUAAUCGUCCCCUAUGCAAUUGAAGGCUUGAUCAAAAAAGAUCCUCGAGGAUGUUGGACAACCGUUUUCACAAUAGCGGCAACCGUACAUUUAAUUGGAUGUUCAUUUUAUGGAUUUUUCGCUUCAGGAGAAUUACAACCAUGGGCAGAGCCUGUGGUUGAGGAGCAAAAAGUUUGGACUGAACCUCAAGGAGCGAUAACUGGUGGAUAUGUUCGGGAAACUACUUUCGGUGACGAGGACAAUGAGCACACUCAAAUGCAACAGCCAAAUGCAAUAAAUUACGGUGCGACUGGGCACGUACCCAAUAAUCCAUUUGCUGUGCCCAGUACAAUAGCAGAAGAACCUGUGCAACCGGAUACACCUGGUGGAUAUGACUAUACUCAAUAAAAUUAAUGUGAUACUACAAACUAUAAAAAAAGAAAAACAAACAAAACAACAAAAUAAAAAAACAUUUCCCAUACAUUACCUCUACCAUCGAAAUAUCAAUACGUAGUUAUAUAAUUAUUAUUAUUUAGCUAGUUUAAAUUUUCAUAAAAAAAAUAUUUUAUUUAUUUAUUCUCUCUAUAUUACAAGAAAAAAGUUUUAUUUAAAAAAAAAGAAAUUAUUUUUUUAUAUAAGUAUUUAUUAUUAUUUAUAAUAUACAAUAAUUAUUAUUAUAAUUUAAAGAGCGACUUUAAUAAGUAAAUUUUAGUUAAAAGCUAAAAA